AUGGCAGCAACAACAACCCAAACUACAGACGCCACCUCAACCUCCGACCCCAAAGUCGCAGCCUCAACCCUCGACUUCCUCCUCAUAGAACUCGUUCCCCUAGCGCAUCGCAUAGCCGCCGACCUUCACGCCCGAGACACAGCCUUGCUCUCUUCCUCGCUAGAAAGAAAUGCCACUUUAAAUACCUCCACAACAGCACAAUCCUCCACACAACCCCCAGCACCAACCGACAAACGCCAAAAAUCCGUUCUCUAUCGCUUGGACUCUCUAGGCUACCGUGUGGGCCUCGGAUUAGUCGAAAAGCUAUCCCAGAACUCUCCUCGGCCUACCACAGCACUAGACAUGAUCAAGUUCAUCUGUAAAGAUUUGUGGCAGGUGGUGUUUCGGAAACAAAUCGACAAUCUCAAGACAAAUCAUAGAGGCACUUUUGUACUUACGGAUAACAAGUUUUUGGCCUUGGGCAGGAUGAGUGUAGAUAGAGGGAGGGGAGCCAGAGGGGCCGAGGAGGCGUUGAGGAAGGCACAACCGUUCCUCUACUUCCCCUGUGGUAUAAUCCGUGGCGCAUUAGCAGGCUUCGGCUUGACAGUAUCCGUCCACGCAGAAACCACCGAACUGCCUCAGGCAGUCUUCCAAAUCAGGACUGUAGGGUCAAAACCAUGA